CCUUGCGCAGUCAAAGUCCUUCAGCGAGAAAAUUCAGAGCGAUGUCGCCACGACGAAUGCUGUCAAAUUUGGCUGGAUACAAGGAGUGCUGGUACGAUGCCUUCUCAACAUUUGGGGCGUCAUGCUCUUUCUUCGGCUGUCCUGGGUCGUGGGACAAGCCGGAAUCGGUCUUGCCAUUGCCAUCAUCCUGCUCGCAUCUGCAGUGACCAUGCUGACAACACUUUCCAUGUCAGCAAUUUGCACAAACGGAGAAGUCAGAGGAGGUGGGACGUACUACAUGAUAUCGCGGAGUCUUGGGCCGGAGUUCGGCGGCGCCAUUGGGUUGAUUUUCUCCUUAGCAAACGCCGUAGCCGUUGCCAUGUACGUCGUCGGUUUUGCAGAAACCGUGCAAGCCGUGAUGACGAGACAAGGCCAGCUGAUCGUGGAUGGUGACAUGAACGACAUCCGCAUCAUCAGUUGCGCCACGGUGGUCGUGCUUCUCUGCAUUGCACUCAUCGGCACCGAGUGGGAGUCCAAGGCGCAAAUCGUGCUUCUCCUGAUCCUGUUAGCGGCCAUGAUUGACUUCGUCGUUGGGUCAUUCUUCCCGCCCACCACAGACCUUAUGGCCAAAGGCUUUGUUGGCUACUCCGGUACUCUGUUCAUGGAAAACUUAAAGCCGGGGUUCAGGGACGGCGAGACUUUCUUCGACGUCUUCUCUAUUUUCUUCCCGGCGGCUACGGGUAUUCUGGCUGGUGCCAACAUCUCCGGAGAUCUAAAGGAUCCUCAAAAGGCGAUCCCCCGGGGCACUCUGUUGGCCAUCUUUAUCACAACCUUGUCGUACAUCGCAUUCGCCGUCAUAGCCGGCACCACAGUCCUGCGUGACGCCAACGGCUUCCCGUUCAACCUGACCGAAGCUGGAGUGAACUUCGCCGACAUCGCCAACUGCACCAUGUCCGAGGCCGACAAGUGCGAGUACGGACUGAUGAAUUACUUCCAGGUCAUGGAAAUGGUGUCCGCUUACGGUCCUCUGGUAAUCGCCGGUGUUUUCGCUGCCACGCUGUCCUCUGCGUUGGCCAGUCUGGUCAGCGCCCCCAAGGUCUUCCAGGCUCUGUGCAACGACAAGCUCUUCCCGUACAUCCACUGGUUCGGCAAGGGCUUCGGCAGGAACAAUGAACCAAGGAGGGGCUACAUGCUCGCCUUCGGCAUUUCCCUUGCCUGCUGUGCCAUUGGCGAGCUGAAUGCCAUCGCGCCCAUCAUCUCAAACUUCUUCCUUGCUGCCUACUGCCUCAUCAACUUCUCCUGCUUUCACGCCUCGUUCACAAGAAUGCCGGGGUUCCGGCCUGCGUUCCGCUACUACAACCUUUGGGUCAGCCUCGUGGGUGCCAUCCUUUGCUUGAGUGUAAUGUUCAUCACCAAUUGGCCCACGGCACUCGGAACAUUCGCUAUCAUACUCGGACUCUACAUCUUCAUCUACAACAGGAAGCCUGAUGUCAACUGGGGAUCGUCAACUCAAGCGCAGACGUACUUGGAUGCUCUGAACAGCGUCGUCAAGCUCAACAACGUCCGCGAUCACAUCAAGAAUUAUAGGCCUCAGAUCCUGGUGCUCACUGGCUAUCCCGCUGAUCGCCUGCCUCUCGUCGACUUCGCCUACUUGCUCACCAAGAAGCUUUCCCUCAUGGUUUGCGGAGACAUCCGCAAGCCACCAAUGUCGUACCGAUCGCGCAACGUCUUAACAUCCAAGGCGUACAGUUGCUUCGAGCAACGCAAGGUCAAGGCCUUCUACAGCGUCGUCGUGGACAGCAGCUUUUCCAAGGGAGUCCUCUCGCUAAUACAACUUGUCGGCGUUGGCAAGCUUCGACCCAACGUCGUUCUCAUGGGCUUCAAGGCUGACUGGCAGACGUGCCCAAAGCAGGAGCUCCAGGAGUAUUUCGACGCAAUUCAUCACUCGUUCGACUCGCACAUGGCACUGUGCAUACUGCGCCUUGCUGAAGGCAUCGACUUCUCCAAGUACUCAGCCGAGGAAAUGCCAACUGGUGGGACCGCAAGCUCGAACUCAGCGUCCGCGGUGCCCGCUGGUAUCGAAGGCAGCCUUAACCGGGGCGCCUCCUCGACUGACACCCUUCCCAGGCACGGCUCCAACUCGCAACUCUCGCAAGCGGGCAGCUCGUGCGACGAAGACGAGUCCUCGACGCCGCCGCAGACUCCCACCGAGGAGAGGGCGAACAGAGACUCCGGCCUGGGCACGUAUCGCAAGACCGAGUCUUCGCCAGCGGUCAGCCCCAAGGGUGAUGCCUCGACCGGCGCGAGGAACAACAAAAGCGCCGCGGUCGUCGGUCACGAAAGCGUGACGGUGUCGUUCCGUCGCGACUCGUCGGCGCCCACGGUGCUGCAGCGCUGGACGCGGCGCACCUCGUCCCAGGUCCUCGAGCGGAGCGUGCCUAAGAACGUGAUGCAGUCGGUGAACCAGUUCCAGCGCAAGCAGAAGAAAGGCUCCAUCGACGUCUGGUGGCUAUACGAUGAUGGAGGUUUGACGAUGCUUAUCCCGUACCUUUUGUCGACGAGGUCUCAGUUCUCCAGCUGCCACCUCAGGGUGUUCGCGCUCGCCAACAAAAAGCACGAGCUCGACAAGGAACAGCGCAACAUGGCUGCCCUUUUGAGCAAGUUUCGCAUAGAAUAUUCCGACGUGACCGUGAUUCCCGACAUCGUGAAACCACCGCAGGCGUCAACGAAGGAGGAAUUUUUCAAGAUCCUGAACCCGUGGAGGCGGUCGUCGAAGGAUGCCGAGUCCGACCAGACGCCAGCGCCGUUCGUGUCAGAAUCCGAGAUUAUGGCCGUCAAGGAAAAGACAAACAGACAUUUGCGGCUUCACGAGCUUCUGCGGCAGUACUCAACAGGUGCAUCGCUAAUAGUGAUGACCUUACCAAUGCCUCGAAAGGGAACCUGCACAGCGCCCAUGUACAUGGCGUGGCUGGAAAUGCUCACGAAGGACAUGCCUCCGUUCCUGCUCGUACGGGGGAACCAGACCAGCGUGCUCACAUUCUACUCGUAGAGAUCAAGCCUCAAACGCAUCGUUCCCACAAAAAGUUAUACGUAAUGGCGAAGAAGAAGGAAAAGAAAGCACAGCCCUUAUGGAGGGUGAAGAGCCUUAUAUGCCGCCUAUGGCGCGCCACGGUACACGGCCCGGUGCUGUGACGUCACAAAUCACAGUUUCCUUCCACUCGACUGCGCGCGCGAAUUCACCAUUUACUUUUUUCUUUCGCUUUUUUUUUCUUUUUAUUGUUUUCGGAAUUUGUAGUUCAGAUUUUGUAGAAUAGCAGCGUGUAAAAGGGAUGUAGUUUAUGCAGUGAAGAGAGGAAAGCUGUCGCCUCACGCUCAGUGCACGCUCAUCUGUAAAUAUCGUCAUACGCAGUGGAAACCAGGCUGCCUGUCACUCGUCAUCGCUUUUGUCUUGUUGCUUUUAAUUCUGUAGGUCUUGCGUAAAAAAAUUUUGAAAUUUUAGAUGCAACUAUGGGAACCCUGGUAUAUUAUUCUGCAGCAGUGCAGCGUCGUACUUGUGCGCAAGGGUAACGUGCGAAGAAAUCUUUUUCUUGAAGGCGCGUUUCAUUCUCGGCUUAUAUUGAGUACCGUGUGGAUCCUCACGAGUCCGUGCUUAUACAUUAACCAGAGGCCAUAAAUAGUUCGCGGAGUCUCAAUAUCUGGCGCGGUCCUCCGUGCUACUUUUUCAGGUAUAUCGAACGCUGGUCUUAAUACAGUGCAAGUCGCGUUUAACAGCGAAGAAGUUUACAUAGCUUCCCGAGCAGCUGGCAUGACGGUUACCUAUGCUAUAGCGGGUCUUGUCUAAUAUAACAGUGGGCAUCGACGUACCCGGAAAUGCAACAUAAGAUUUGUAUUCAGGCAUUUGUUCACUCGAAACCUGCAGCCCAAUGCUUGGCAUUCGUUAGAAGAUCAGUAUUUUUUUAGGCGCAUUCGACCGUUCAAAGGGUCAACCUUACUUCCACCAGUACCCCCCCCCCCCACCCCGCCCACCCAUCCUUUAUCAUUACUUCUGCGCCACCCUACCGCACCCGCAAGAAACAAAAACAAAAACACUACUUAGUACAAAUACCAAUCAGCACAUAUGUCACAUUACGUAUCUGGAACGUUCAUUGCCAGUAGGUGUUUGUUAGUGAACUUAAAGGGAGCCCUUGCUUCACUGAGUUAUGGUUGUAGUCCCAUUUGCGAUUGUCGCAAGAGACCACUUAUUCAUGAACGACCGACACUGCAAUAUUGGUAUAUUCGGCCCUGCCCAGCUCUUGCUGUCAAGUCGCUUAACUUGCUGCAACCUGCCGCGCAGUAGAUCAACGUCUAGUCCUUUCAUAAGAUCGAUUGCGUCGUCGAGUGCUUUUUUUUUACAUAUUGUAUAAACCUGUAAUAGAUUGUACAGUAGAAGUGCUAAAUAAAAGACACAAGCCAAGGGCGUGAUUCUUCUUAA